AAAGCUUGCAGACAGACUACUAAUACCUGUAAAUGAACUUUGUGGUCACAGUGCACCUCCAUGUUGAAGCACACAAAGAUAAUUGUCCCAAGUACGUGUCAGUGUGGGUGACCCGGAUGUUGGUGGGUGUGUGUGACUCGGAUGUUGUUUCCUCUCCUGCUUCCGGGAGCAGUCUCAAUGACCGCCAGGGACCGGUCGGUGACUUAAACGGCGGAAAAGCUCAAGAGAAGCGGCAGGAAUCUGAAAUGGCAGAAGCACCUGCUAGAGAUUCUGCAGCUGAAAUUCCUGUCACCAGUAAUGGAGACGCGAGUGAUUCCCAAGGAGAACAUAAGUGGGACGUGAAGCACAUGAUGACUGGUGGUCCUACCCUGAAAGAAACCAGAAUCAUUUCCAGCAGCUAUGGCAGCUCCUCUGAGGGAAUAAUUGAAGCUGAACCGUACAGAGGUUCCUCUUUCUCUCCAAAGAGUCCAGUUAUGUUCCCCAGCAAUACAGCUGCUACCAGAUUGGCUGAACAUGCAUCUGAUGUUUCUAGUCAUGCAGGAAGCCUGAAGAACACUCAGAGUGGUCCUGUUGUCAUUACAGAUGAUAUAUCUAAGAAUAUUGCUCUUGAAAAACUUGAACAGGUGAAAAAAUGGAGCAUAAGCACAUACAAGUGUACACGACAGGUCCUUUCUGAAAAGUUAGGUCGUGGCUCAAAGACUGUGGAUUUGGAACUGGAAUCACAGAUAGAAAUACUGAGGGAGACCAAGAAAAAGUAUGAAAAUCUCCUACGACUAGCUCGACAAAUGGCAACACAGUUCUACCAAGUAGUACAGACACAACGACAACUUGGAGAUGCUUUUGGAGAACUUAGUGUGAAGUCACCAGAACUCCAUGAAGAGUUUGGAUAUAAUGCUGAAACCCAGAAGUUGCUGUGUAAAAAUGGGGAGACGCUUCUUGGAGCAAUUAAUUUUUUCAUUGCCAGCGUAAAUACUUUGGUGAACAAAACAAUUGAAGACACGUUAAUCGCAGUAAAACAUUAUGAAAAUGCCAGGAUAGAGUAUGAUGCAUACCGAACUGAUUUAGAGGAACUGAACCUUGGCCCUCGCGAUGCCGUUACAAUUCCAAAAAUUGAGCAGUCUCAGCAACAGUUCCAGAUUCACAAGGAAAAAUUUGACAAGCUUCGAGGAAGUGUAUCAGUCAAACUGAAGUUUCUGGAUGAAAACAAGAUUAAAGUCAUGCACAACCAGCUCCUCCUCUUUCACAAUGCUGUAUCUGCCUACUUUGCUGGCAACCAGCAACAACUUGAACAAGUGCUCAAACAAUUCCACAUCAAGUUGAAGGCUCCUGGUUCUGACGGUCCUUCCUGGCUGGAGGAACAGUGAUAUCUCAAAACCUGAAGAAAUAAUUGAUGUGGUUAUAAAAUCUAUUUGAAUUUUUUUCUUAUUAUGAGACAGGGAGACUAAGUAAAAUUGUGGUCAACAAUAUAUCUGUUUCUCACUUUUGUUGCUAUAUGUUAAUCUGAAAAAUUAGAUUGAAUAUGGUCAUUUUAUGUAACUGAAUAAACUUUAUAAGACCAAGACCUACGAAAAUUAUUCCUUUUUGUACAGGGGUUAGAGGGGAAUAGUUAGUAUAUAUCUACAUUCAGGUUUGCACUGAACAGUAACUAGAUUUGUUUGGUGUCUUCUGGUCUCUACAGUGUAAUUGUUUGAAAACAUGAUUGACAAUUUUUAUACAAGUUCUUUCACAAAAGGGCACCUGAGUUCACAAAGCAAGUGAACUGUUAAGCAAAACGUAAUGACCUUUGCAAAGCAAUAGGCUAGAUCGCUCCUAAAUGAAGCAUCUGUGCUGAUGGAAAUGGCUGCUUUAGCACUCCAAAUUACAGCCAAUACUGUACUUCCAAUAGACUGUUUAUUCAUUUGUUAAUUGUGUCAAAUGAGAAUCCUUGAGAUUGGGUCAAGGAGGGGGAAAUGGAACUUUAUUACAAAGGCAUUAAGCGAUAAUGUAUUAAUAUUAAUAUUUACAAACAUCUGGUGAUGUUAAUAUAUGUUCACUUGGUGCCAUUAACUUUCAAGAUUUGCUUGUUUUUGAUUUGGCAUCAUUGCUGUUUUCUUAAAGGUAUAACUCUAAUAACUAAGCCACGUACCCGCCUUAUGUCUACAAUCGUGUGCCUUUAGCAAUGCAUUUUCCACUCAGUAAUGUUACUGAGAUUCUUGAAACAUUUUAUGAUUCAUGACUAUCUCCUUGCCAUCUCCAAGGCAGCAUGGAAAAGAGAUAGAAAAGGGAGAAUAACAAGAUUGGGUUAAUUAUUUCCUCCUUAUGCUUCUGUUGUGGGAUUCCAAUAACUAUAUUUGGGUUUAGUCUUAUGACCAUGCUUACUUUUCUUGCUAAUAGCGUACUGUCAUUCACUGAAUGAAUGUUUUUUGUAAACACAUUGUAAACAGUCUUUGAAAUUAAUGCUUCUAUGUGUAAAUCUUUUGGAUUGUCAUUCUGUUUAAACUUUGUGGCAAUGCCUUCUGCAUUCUGUAUAUUGAAUAUUUAACAUUAAAUUAACCUCAUAUUUUAAUGUAAAA